AUGGCAUCCAUCAACACUCAUUCAGUAUCAUUCAAGCCUCUUCACCCCACAAUUGGCGCCGAGUGCCAUGGAAUCGACUUCUCCAGACCGUUGCCAGAAGAAGAGAUCCAGGUCAUUCGUGAUGGCAUGGCCAAGUACGGUGUCCUUGUCUUCCGUGGAGCCCAGCUCGAUGACGCACGCCAUGUAGCCUUUGCUCGUCAACUUGGCGAGCUCGAUUCAUCCACUGUUUUCGUAGCUCCUGGCAAAAAAUAUCGCCUGGAUCCUUUCACCGAGCUCACGGACGUGUCCAACAUCGAAGACGACGGCUCGCUUCUUCAGACAAACAGCCUCAAAUACCAACUCGGCCAAGGAAACAACCUUUUCCACGUGGAUUGCUCUUACAACAAUCGCCGAGUGGGACUGUCCAUUCUUCGCGCCCAUCAGCUCCCGCCCAAGGGAACUGGCGGCGGUACCGCAUUUGCCGAUACCCGAACCGCAUACGAUGAUCUCGAUGCCGAGACAAAGGAGAGAAUCAACGAUUAUGUCCUGUGGCAUUCUAUCUGGCAUAGCCGGCGUCUCGCCGCGCCGGACUGCGACUUCCUGAAGUAUAUGCCCGCGGAGAAGAACGCGAUGGCUCGUCACAAGCUGAUUCAGCUGCACGAGCCCAGUGGAAGAAUGAACAUGUACAUCGCCGCACAUGGACACCACUUUGAUGGAUGGACGAAAGAAGAUAGCCAGCCUGUUAUCAAGGCUUUGCUGGAUCACGCUACACAGGACAAGUACACUUUCACAAUUGAUUGGGAGAAUGAUGGCGAUAUUGUCAUUUGGGAUAACACAUGCGUUAUGCACAAGGCAGCUGGUGGCUCCUUUGCGGGAAAGUAUGUUCGUGAUAUGAGGAGGGCUACCCUGCUCGAUUCGUCAUCGACUGCCUGGGGAUUGAACCCGAAGACGGAGACUGAGGAUCUCAUGUCGGACUUUAUUAAGGGAUAUAUCGCUGCGAAAAAGCAGGCUGCCAUGGCUGCUAUGGCUCCUGAGAAGGGAAUCCCAGAGAAGAAAGAAGGUAUCAUCAUUUGA